AUGUUAUUAAUUGUCCUAUUAGAAUGUACUACUCAUACCACGCUCCACCUUUUAACUUGUACGUUUUCGCCCAGUGUGGGCUCCAAGCCAAAGUCUUCAUCGAAAGAAGUUGAAAAGGACCCUGAAGGAUUCGCCUUCUUCGUUAGUGAUCUCAACAUGACUAUUAAGAAGGAAGUCCUUUCUGCCUACUUCUCCACAUUCGGCACAGUCAAGGAGGCUCUUAUUUUCCCAACGAAAGGGUCUAGAAUGCAGCGUAAACAUGCCUUCGUUUUUAUGGAAAGCGAAGAGUCCGUUAAGAAGGUGUUUGACUCUCAACCUCACAUCAUUUGCGGUUCUGAGGUCUGUGUGAAACCUGACAAACGGAAGAAGAAGGCCAAUAAGCAGGUGCCUCUGCCGGAUUCUCCAGUCUCAAGCAAAGCAAUCGACGGUACCAAACCAGCUUCUCAAAGAUGUCCAAAGUGGCCCCAUUGUAGUGACCUCCAGUGUGCGUAUAUCCAUCCAACCGCGAUUUGUGCAGACACGCCCUGCCCCCGGGGGACCACGUGUCCCUUUUUGCAUCCAGAAGACGCGGAAAAGCUGAUGAGCCAUGACUCGGUCGCGAAGGAGGAGGACGAUUAUCUCAACAUCCUGUUUGCAUGA